UGUGCGCGCGUGUGUUCAGUACUUCAGUGUUCAGUCCGCUAUUAGGUCUUGACAGGUGACUGAUGGUGUUAUGGCUGUAGAAUGGAAAACAGUUUUUAUGACAGUUGCUGUGGUGUGUUUAUGUUUUGUAGGCAUUCCAAUUAGAGUAGAUAAGCCGAUAGACACUGCUACUCAGGCGCUAUUUAAGGAUUACGUAAAGCGCUUUAAUAAGACCUAUGAGAAUAAUGAAACGGAGUACGUGCUGAGACUGCAUCACUUCCAGGAAUCCUUGGAAAUGAUUCAGAAGUUGAACAGUGAGAGGAAAUCAGAAGCCAGUGCUCAUUAUGGACUAACAAAAUUUUCCGACAUGUCACCUAAUGAAUUUUUGCAUCAUCAUCUGUAUGUUGGCCUUCAAAGUCACUUGAUGAAAUGCAAUCAUUGGAGGAAUAGGACACAUCAUUCUCAUGAGCGUAAGGAGAGAGCAAUAAAGCCCGUAUCUCUACCAGAACGUGUUGACUGGCGUGAGAAAAAUGUUAUUGGGAAAAUCAGAAAUCAAAAGACAUGUGGUGCUUGCUGGGCCUUUAGCACAGUUGAAACUGCAGAAGCAAUGUACGCAUUGAAAACAGGAGUUCUUGAAGAAUUUAGUGUUCAAGAGAUGAUUGAUUGUGCUCAGAAUGGGAACAUAGGGUGUGAUGGUGGUGAUACAUGUAGUCUUCUUGAAUGGAUUGUUGCAAAAAAUAUUUCUAUUGAGUUAGAAAAACAGUAUCCAUUAACUCUGGAGACACAGACAUGUAAAUUAAAAGGGUCUGGUAAUGGCAUCCAUAUUGCCCCAAAUUUUACAUGUGACUACUUAGUUGGAAAUGAAGAAGAAAUUCUAUUAAUGCUAGCGAAUCAUGGGCCUGUUAUUGUUGCAAUUAAUGCCCUAAAUUGGCAGAAUUACUUAGGUGGAAUUAUUCAGUUUCACUGUGAUGGCAGUCCUGUACACAUAAACCAUGCGGUGCAGAUAGUGGGAUAUGAUAAAUCUUCUGCUGUGCCACAUUAUAUUCUUCGGAAUUCUUGGGGGCCAGAUUUUGGUGAUAAAGGAUAUUUGUAUAUUGCUAUUGGUGAAAAUCUUUGUGGAUUAGCAACGGAAGUUUCAUCACUAGAUGUAUUAUGAACAUCCUUCUGAGAUACACUUCACAUUGUUCUCUUCCAUGUCAUAAAAGUAAAAAAAAAGGAAUUUUUUAGAGUUCUAGAGUAAAUGUGAGCUGUAAGAUACUAUAUUUUAGACAAUUUUACAGUAGGAGACAAUAGCAUAGUGUAGAUAAAUGAGGAUUUUGUUUUGUUUCUUUUAUGAGGAGAGCAUUUAACUUUUAUCUUAUUGUAAAAGUGCCCUACACAGAACACAUGGGCAGCAUGCAAUCCGUCCAGUACUUUUACGUAUAACAUUUCAAACCUAGGGCAUCUUUUAUUCCAUAGAAUGAGGUUGUAUGACCUUUUUGUGGUGCCCGUGUUAUGAAUGUGUAAUGAAUAAUCUGUCCACUGCUCAUGAUAAUAUUUUAAUUUUUUAGCAUAAAUUUUGAAAGAAAAGUGUAGUUAGUAACAUCCAGCACAGAAUUUUUUGCUUGGAUUCUCGUGUGAUUCAGAUUUUCGUGUGCAAACACAUGGAAAAGUAUUCAGUCCAUUUUAUAAGGGAUUUUUUUUUUUUUGCAAAAUUUGAUCUUGGGAGUCAAGUGUGGAGAAUCGUGAAUGUGUUAAUUGUUUUCAGUAACAUUAAAUGAAUAAUCAGAUAGUUCUGAUAUAACGGGGGUAAUGUGCUGCCCAAAGUGCCAUAUAAAAGGAAUAUUUUAAAUAUCUAGUACUUUUUAAAUUUUAUAGCAUCUAAAUAAAAACAUUUCUACAUUUUAUAUUAGCAGAUAUUUUAAAAUAAUGUGCUGCGUAUUUUCAGACUGUAAAAUGUUUUGAAAGAAGACUGUUACUUGUGUACAAGAGUCAUAUAAUUUCAGCCUGCAGAUUGUGCAUAUAAUGUUUCUAACAUUUGGAAACAGUGAUCUAUGCAGCAUCGCCAGGUUGUCCGUAAUCCACUUAGCUUUUAGCUGAAGUUUAGGAAAUGUGAUUUCAUAAAACUGAAACUUUGGCAUCAUUUGAUACCUUUUCGUGUACCAUUUUUAGACAGUGGAAUGGCAAUAAGAACAGCUUGUGUGAGGCAUUAAGUGAAGUUUCAUCUGUUUGUGGAUUAGAAGACUUUAUUAGUUAUUAUUAUUGCUAGAGUUUUUGUUUUUUAUGGAUACAGUUUGUAAAUAACCUUUUUAUAAUAUUUCAAAUUCGUUUCAGUGUAUUUGUUGUUACUUAGAGAUCUACCAUUCACUCUAAGAACUUGUUUAUAAUAUCGAAGAAGAAACAGUACAAAUACACCAGUCAUUUUUAUGAAGCAGGGUAGUGGGAAAUAAGUAUUUUUUAUCUGUUAUCUGUCAAGCCAUUCAUAACCAGCUUACUGGAAUGCAAAAUAAAACAAUAUUAGUAAUGAUGAUUGCUAUGACAUUCAUAAUAAUGGCUGAUGUGUUUCUUGUAUGUCUGAUGGUGUAAGAUUUGAUGUACUAUAAAACCUUCCUCAUAAACGUGGAACGUAGGGUUUACCUGACACAAGUUUAUGUAACUCAGUGCCACCAGGAGAGUGCAAAUAAAAAUUUAUGAUGUCCCCUCUCAGCAAUAUAUUCAGAACAAGGUUAUAUUUGUACAGAUUAAAUAAUGUGCUUUAGGUAUAGUUGGUUUAAGGCCAUUUGUUGUCAGUAGCAGGUGUUUUGAUUGCUGAAUGAACAUUAUUGUUAUGCUUCUAACUGUGGGACACUUUUUGGUAUUACAUUGUGAUACUUGGCUUCUCAACCAAAACUGGUGCUUUUGACAAUUGUGUUGUGGCAUUAUCAGUCUUUCCUAUGAGUCAUGUACAAAUUCCAAAAUUGAAGGAGUCACACAAGAGUUUUUAAGGAAAUGGAAGUGUGUGAAUUAAUGUACAAGAUAAUAGAAAGUAUAUGUUAGUGCAUCUCCAUAUGUGGAACACAGUGCAUCUUUCACAAAAUAAAAGGGUCAGGUAAAUAUUGUA